CGUGUAGUAUUUCUUUUUCGCUUCUUUCCCCCCGCUGUCGUUGCAGCCCAUCCAAACGCUACUGGAAGGCAACAAAAAGGGGAAACAAACGGCUCGAAUCCGCGCUGAAGCUUUGCACGAAGGAGCACUGGGGGUUGUUGUCCGAGCGCGGAGAUAAUUUGACGGUACGAGGCGCAGCAGCUUGGCCGAGGAAUGGGCUCGGAGUGAGGGGACGGGGGAGCCAUCCAGCGCUUCUCUACUGCUACACUUGUGCAUGAACCCGGGGACUUUCUCCCGCUUUAUUUCCGCCUCGUAUCCCAGCUGGAAGUUGUGUCCAAACCGCGUGGGGAGUAACUGAAGAGUCUGCGAAGACCUGUGUUGGGAUAAAAGCUGUAUUCAAAUCUAAAGAAAGGGCACUGAAGUGAAGGCAGCUGACAACCAAGAACAGAGGCAAGGAGGACUGCACAACGCAGGAGGCCUGGGGGAAAUCAUUAACUCCACGCUCGCGCAGUAUGACUGCCUGGAUCCCACUCCUCCCUCUGCGUUCCUGAGACUGUCAUCCACCUCCAGCCCUGGCCUCAAGGCCAGCUGAUUUACCCGUGGAGCCUCCAUCAUCUUUCAUAUUUUCCAGCAUCACCGUGAGCAACGACACACCAGGUGCACUCCUUUUGGAGAAACGCCCAAAACCCACCUUCCAAGGACCCCAGGGACCGGCCCCUAGGGACCGGCCCCUGUUAUGUUUUGUUGACCGACUCGUCCCAACCGGCGAAUGACAAGUGUGCAUCCGAGGGUGGGGCUUGCCUCAGUCUCUCAUGAUUGGCUGCUGGAUGGAAUUAAGGUGAAUGGAACACAUGCCCAAGGAGCAGGACUCUAACCCAUCAGAGGGAGAAGAGAAACAGUGGCUCAAUGGCCCAAAAAGGAAGAGGAAGAACAGCCAAUGUUCGGUGAAGAGCAUGACUGGGUACAUUCCCAGCUACCUCGAAAAGGAUGAGCCAUGUGUGGUGUGUGGCGACAAGGCCACAGGUUACCACUACCGCUGCAUUACCUGCGAGGGCUGCAAGGGUUUUUUUCGUAGGACCAUUCAAAAGAACCUCCACCCGACCUACUCCUGUAAGUACGAUGGUUGCUGCAUCAUCGACAAGAUCACCCGCAACCAGUGCCAGCUGUGCCGCUUCAAGAAGUGCAUUGCUGUGGGCAUGGCCAUGGACUUGGUACUGGAUGACUCAAAGCGGGUGGCUAAACGGCGCCUGAUUGAGGAGAACAGGGAGCGGCGUAAGAAGGAGGAGAUGGUAAAAUCCCUCCAGAGCCGUCCGGAGCCCACGGGGGCCGAGUGGGAGCUGAUCCGCUUGGUGACAGAGGCCCAUCGUCACACCAAUGCUCAGGGCUCACAGUGGAAGCAGAAGCGCAAAUUUCUGCCAGAGAAAAUCGGCCAGUCUCCAGUCGCUCCAACAUCAGACGGAGACAAGGUGGACCUGGAGGCCUUCAGCGAGUUCACCAAGAUCAUCACUCCCGCCAUCACCCGUGUCGUUGACUUUGCCAAAAAACUGCCCAUGUUCUCUGAGCUGCCUUGUGAAGACCAGAUCAUCCUGUUGAAGGGCUGCUGCAUGGAGAUCAUGUCCUUGCGCGCAGCCAUGCGCUACGACCCGGACAGCGAGACGCUGACGCUCAGUGGGGAGAUGGCUGUGAAGCGGGAGCAACUGAAGAACGGCGGGCUGGGCGUGGUGUCGGACGCCAUCUUUGAUUUGGGCAAGAGCCUGGCACAGUUCAACCUUGACGACACGGAAGUGGCGCUCUUGCAAGCCGUGCUUCUCAUGAGCUCAGAUCGCUCAGGCCUGACCUGUACGGACAAGAUCGAGAAGUGCCAGGAGACGUACCUGCUGGCGUUCGAGCACUACAUCAACUACCGCAAGCACAACAUUCCCCACUUCUGGCCGAAGCUUCUGAUGAAGGUGACGGACCUGCGGAUGAUCGGGGCGUGCCACGCCAGCCGCUUCCUUCACAUGAAGGUGGAAUGUCCCAACGAACUCUUCCCCCCGCUCUUCUUGGAGGUCUUCGAGGACCAGGAGGUGUGAGACACACUUGCCGGCACGCAAAGGGAAGAGAAAGUUGGAGCGAAACAGAAGAUGGGUUAGUCCAUCGUGUUUGUGGAGGAAGAAUGGAGGGAGAAUCCUCUCUGCAGGAAUCUGCAUUUCUCUGACAUCACAUUCACAGUAUGUGGUUUUAAAACUGGAAACAACAAUAUCAGAAACAACACACCAGCAACAGGAGAGUGAAGCAAACAGAGGAUUUUGUUUUGUGAACACCCUCUUCUCCACCUCUUUCUCCUCCCUAUACCAACCCCUGUUUUAAAAUCUGUUUGGGGGCCCUUCUGUCUGAGCAUGAUGUCUUAUCUAGUAAGAGUUGUAGCCAUUUGCCAAGACACAAACACACAGACACACACACACACACCCACUCACAGCCUGUUCCACCUCAGUUCUUCAGGGCAGCACUCUUUGCAGGGUCAGUUUCCCCUCCUUGGUUUUAUUGUAGCGGUCACAGAUUUACACUUGUCUUGAAGCCCAUGUUUCCAGCGUCAAAGCUGGCCAGCACCUCUCAGUAUUAUUUCUGAAUAAGUGUUAAGGCAUUGAUUCAGAAGGUAUGGACAGUAGUGUCAUAUCGUUGCUCACAGUCAUGCAGGCGCACGCAAUCAGCAGACACUGCACAUUAAAAUUUCAGCAGACGUUGUAAACGUUUCCGUGGUGUAUAACGGCGGCAGUAAAGCAGAGCAGCCACACCACUUAUCAAUUACUCAACUCAAUCUGAGCCAUGACAGCUGUUUUUGGAGCUUGUUCUUCUCAUAUCCCUGUGAAACCGGUGCUAUAUUUAUAUAAGGCUACUCCAGUUUUAUGAAAUUGUGUUCUCUACCUUUGAAAAACAUACAGACCAUGGCUCCAUAUCAACCUUCAUUUUUGUCAUUGGACCGGUUCCUGUGACAUACAGCACACACACAUACGCACACACACAUGAGCAGACUUGCCUUGUCAUUGCCUAUGCUGCUUGUGCCAGCAGCCUACCAUCUUAUGAAUGACAAGUAAGCCCUUCUCUGUCUGAAGAGUUACAGCAUUGAAGGAAGGGAAGGAAGCGAAAAAGAAGGGGGAGGAGAAAGGGAGAUGCUUAGAGGGGAGGCGGGAGAAAAGGAAGGCACAGGGACAGAGAGAGGAAUUACACCGUAAAAGCUGGACUAUAGAUUCUGAGCCAGGGGUCAGAAGUAAAUCUCCCACACCCAACCUCCGAGGAGGUUCUGAAUAGCAGCAAACACCAGCAAGACGGCAGGGCUCAUCACGUACACACACUGACUCUCUUUUUGUCUUUUUAACUCUCUCACACACACACACGAAAACACACAUCACCUCAGAGUAACGUGAAUGCCUCAUUUUACUGUAUGCACUGCACGGCAGUGUUGAUAUACAGCCCUAACCUGCAGGGUUUGUACAGAGUCCUCUUCUCGUGGGCUCAACUCAGUGUGGCCCCUCCAGGCUUCCAUACACAUUUGCCUUCUGUUUUGAUUUUUUUCUUGUUUUUUGGUUAUUUUAUUCUAUUUUUUUUAUUUUAACAUGGGCGUCACUGAGAGCAGGCAAAUGCCAAGAAGGCUACCAUUUACCUCAAAGUGGACACACCCCUAGGCUGGGGCAGCAUUACUGCCCCUGUGGUGUCAGGCACUACCUCACCUCUGUGGACACAGGGCAGCUGCCCACAGCCUACACACAGACAUACACCAUUCGAGUUGGAGCAUGUGUAGAAUGACACACAGAUGUGCAUAGCUUUUUGCGGAGGUGCACACUCGUAGACAUGGAAAGACACAAACAUUCGCAGAAUACACACACAUACACACAGCGCUAUCACUUGGUUCAAAUGAAAUACCACUGAAGACAGGAGGGCCAACCAUCCCCCUGGAAGGUUUUACCCCCUUCCAGGGAGUGGUACCCAUAACAUUCGGGUUAUCUCUUUUUUUAAUUUUUUUUUUAUUUUAUCAAGUGGGACCAAGUGUCAUCUUUUCAAAUUUGGAUUUACCAGUUUCUCUAAAGACAGAAACCGACUCGCAGAAGCAACGAAGGACAGCGUGGGAUGUGCAGCCCAUUAAAGCAAAAAGCAGCAAGAGGAACAAUUACACAGAGUUACCAAUAAGUCAAGGUGGCCACGCCCGUCAAAUCAGCAUGCAAAGAUUUCCAUCUGCAUGGUGAUGACGUACCACGCUACACUUAUGAUAGAUGCCACUGGAGCUUGGUAAAUAUUUUCAUGGAAAAUUUCAGCUUUCUGUCAUGCAUGGGCAGAGUGUUUGACAUAAAAAAUGAUGGAGUGAAGCCUGCUCACAGGCAACUCAACCGCACUUCUAGCUUCCCAACGCUCACUACUAUAGCAGUAAUAUCUCAGCUCAAACAUCCAUGGCAGAUAUGAUAAGUUUACCCUCCAAAUGACCAUACAAGAGUGUUUGAUUUGAUUUCAAAAGCUCACUCUGCUCAAUCCAAUUCUGGGGCCAAGCCAAAUCUAACUGGGUUGAAAGAAAUCUAGUCUAUUUUCUAUCCAAUACCGAGCUGUAGUUUAUACUGGGCGCAUGCACACGAGUUAUCCACACCCCCUCAGAGCUUGAGUGCAGUUGGGAGGGGAGAGGAACUGGAACACCGUCUUUGGGCACAGCGGUGGAGUCUGGUUUGACUCUUCCUAAAGUCCAUCACCACCUCUAGAGAUCCAUCCCCACUCUUCUUUUUUCUACCCUCCUCUUGUCCAGUCCGUGACAUUGCCCUUUCUGGAGCCUAGCUCAAGUCUAAUACCGCCCCGCCAUCAAUAUGAUAACAGACCCCACUCAGCCAGGCUGGUGGGAGUUUUUGCACUAAUGCAACAGCCCAUAAACUCUCCUUUUCAGAUUAGUUUCCCCAAUUAAAAUUGACCACAAAUGGUAUCCUGAGCUGCUCUGUGUAACGGGGCCUUUUCUCUUGCAGUGGACUCGGCCCUAAACCUGUCCUGUUGUCAGUAUUACACCAGUAGAACCAAAACAGCCCAGAAGCAGGGGGCAGAGAUCCCUCCCUAGGAGGGCUUUCUCUUUAUCCGUGUAGUACUCACUGUCCCAUACCAGAGCCCACUCAAAUUUCACUUUAAGCCCUCCUCUGAACACUGAAAAUCCUCUCCUUUUCCCAAAGCAUCCUAGCUGUCACCACUGAGCAGUUCAUACCCAGUUUUGUCCAGAUUCAUUCACACCAAACAGGAUCCAGGCCUUGUGAAACAAGGCUGGCCAUAACUGCCCUUUUAGAGUGGCGCCACCAAUUGAAUGUGACCGGCAAAGCAGCAGGGACGAGAGACUGGAGUGUGAGAAUGCGAGGAUGCAAGAGAAGAAGAAAGGACAGGACAGGAAACAAACAAACAAACAAACAAAGCUGAGGCCCCAACCCUCACUGCCAUCAUUGACAUGGGCGAGAGGGGGUGAUGUGGCUGGUUGCAGAGACGAUGUCGUCAAACACACGGAGGAAGGGCGGAUGUCCCCUUCGGCUCCCACGCAGCCCCACGCGAACCCCCGCUCCUGUGCCAGCUGACGACCCCAAAUGUCCUCCCUCAGCUUCCUCUGUAAGGAUAACCUCCAACGUUCAGAUUGUGAGGAUCAGGAAGACAGAUCCCGCAUUCCUGAGAUGCAGGUUUGGGAUUCCAACACAUCUUUGUAAAAGAACCGAAAAAGAAAUCGACGUCCUUUGUUGUCGUGAGCUGACUGGGUAUGUGCGUGUGACAGUAGGGGUUAUAAUGCUGCUUUUUACCUUCUGAGUCUGAUGUAGAUUAAGAAAACAAAAGAUAUAUGAAAAGGAUUUUACAUCCAUCAAACAAUAUGAAAAAAAAGAUGACUUUAAAAAAAAGACUCCUGAACAAAAUUAUUGGAGAUUUUUUUUUCAUUUUAUCAUUGUUUUCUUAUAUUUCUGUUUGUUUGUUUGUUUGUUUUGACGCUUCAACUGCUCUGUGUAAAAGAAAAACAAAACAGCUGUUGUCACUUUUUGACCAUGUGUGCAGUGUAACAUAGAAAAAACUUCACUUCUUUUUCACGUCUAUAGUUUGUGUUUGUAAGCCAACUGAUCUGUUUGUCCGUGUGUCUGUCCAGUUGUCCGUCCCCUUUUAUCAGGAGAAAAUUUACAACCAACAAAAAAAAAACAGGAAUUUCUUUUUUAUAUAUAUAUUUUGUUCCUUUUUUUUAAUGAAAUACAUCUUUGGAGGAAAGAAAAAAAACAAAUAGAAAAAAAAUAAUGCAACAUAAACUGAAAAUACAAAAAAAAACAAAAAAACUGAAACACAAUCUUGUCAUACCUCACACAACACGAGACUCAAAGGAACUUGGGAGGAGUCAUAUUUUGCAGGCACAUGUGAAAGUUCAGAGAUGCAUAUAUAGAUUUUAAAAAAAUGUACAUGUCGAGAUAAUAUGUGCUUGUGUACGCAUCAGUGUAAGUUACAAAAGGACUCUUCCCUCAAGCUUUGGUGCCCUCUAGAUUAUUGAUUUGGUUCUCGAAUGACAGGAGGUGCAACUUAAACGCAAGAAAAUGUUGAGACAUCAGCUCUGAGCUCUGCCAACGUGAGCACUUCACCUUAAAGGCACAGUCUUUAGACAGUAAACCUAAAAUGUGAAUGGCCCAGAGACUGAGGGAUUUUGACUUCUGUAAUAGCUGAGUGUUUUAUGGAAUUGAAUGUAGCUGACAGGAGGGGGCUGGACCUGAGCCCGGCACCCACAACCUAACUUCCACACACCAGCAGAGAGGAUAGUGGUGUCACAUAGACGUUACAAAACAACCAACAAAACUGAGAAUAUAUAUAUUGCCCGUCUGCAAGGUGCAAUACUAUGUUAUGUAUUUUUCUAUGAUUUGUGUUUUGUUUUGUUUUUUUCAUUUACAGCUUAUUUUGGCCAUAACCAAGGAUGUAAAUACAAAAACAUACAACACUCGAAGAUUCAUUGUAAAAAGUCAAUUUAACCGCUCCAUCCCAUUGUCAUGCAAGUGGAUAAAAGUAAAAAGAAAAAAAAGAGCAAAGUAAUGUGUAAUGCUUGUUACAUUUUUUUUUAUGUGUGCACCCUCUCACAUGUGCAUGCAGAUCCAUAUUCAGAAGUGCCCUGUGACAUUAAUCAUAAGCCCUGUGCCUCCUGUUGUUUGCAAAGAGAUCGAUGCAUAGCCCUCGUGUUCUCACGCUUCACAUGAAUGAUUAUAGUUUUGUGUGUGAGUGUGCGUUUACCUAUGGGAUCAGAUUCCGUUUUUCCAAACUAUUGAUGUGAGUGUUGCCAGCAGCUGCGGCAGUUAAAGGUCAGGAGUGCAGUGGGGGAUGCUUUAUUAAAGAGACGCUUCACCCCAAAGUCAAAUCUACAUGGCCCAUAGUAGAGCCGGGGUUCUCAAAGUGUGCUGCAGUGGCUCUCGAGGCAUUUUUGUGGCCCAAGUAAGAAUCCACUACUAUAUUAUUUUAUAUAUUUGCAUAUAUUUUAUUCAUCCACAGUUCUAUCAGGACCAAGAAGCCAAAAGUAAGACAUGACAGGAAAACAAGGACUUUAUUACAGUGUCAAAGAGCAGUGGAUAAAGAGGCAGGUCGAUCUAGCGAUAGGGAACCCAACAGAAAAAUAGGGAAAUAGGAAAACAACAGAAAAGACUUGGGAAAAGUGGGGCUUGACCAAGACCGAUAGGUAAGGGUGAUAAGCAACAGGUGAAUUCAAUAAGCAGAACAUGUUAAAAGAAAAGAAAAUUCAACAAUCAACUAAUUUUCUGAAGAUACACACACUGUAAAAAAAACUUUGAUUAAAUGUGCAUUUUUCUUGCACUCCCUAAAUCUGCAAUUGGUCAUCAAAACACCGAGAACCCCUGACCGAGAUUAUGUUGGUCUGAGUUGCCUUUUUUUUUCCAGGGAUAUGAGCUGCAGAAACAUCAGCCUUCUCUUGAGGAACAAUAUUUCUAACUGGCACAUUUGCUUUGUGCUACUUAAAAAAAGAAACUCCCCUAUCCAACUGAGAUUUCAGUCACCAAACGUAUCCCUGCACUGAAGGGAAGCAUGCAUCUACCAUGUGACAAGAAGCUCAUGCCUAUGACAGAAUGUGAACAUGACCAGCAUUCAUUUCAGCUGAGCGUUAAUGCUUUUCAUUUGCAAUGGCAGGCUUAGUUUAGUGCAAAGAAAACAGCCUGUACCUGAAACUGGUCAUGUCGCAACAAGGUUUCUGACUUAUCUGUAAGUAACUUCACAUUACUUCUGAGUUUUAUAGAUUUUGCGGCACUUAGUUACAUUAUAAUUAAAGAGAAAAUAGGCAUAUCUACAAAUGAUAUAUCAAAAACUGUGCAACUCACACCAAAAUAAUCCAGGUAGAUAAAUGUGUAUAUUUGAUUUUGGGUAACUUACAAAGGGAAGUGGGAUAGGGAGCAGGUUAUUAUUGGGCAUGAAUGCAAGUUGAAACAGCUGUUUAACACCCACAUCGUAGUUGUCAAAGUCUAAAAUGGAUUAGUCCUUUUGUCCACCAUCCCAAUGCCCCAAAAAGCCAGCCUAAAGACACUGAAUCCGAACUUUGAGGAUCAAUUUAACUGAAACCCGAAGUAGUUUGCAACAAGUACGUGAGGCCUCAUUAACACAAGUCAUUUCAGAUGCCAUUAGGGCCUACUUCCACAGGUCAUUUACUGAUGUGCUUGCACUUGCGACGCAUAAAGAUUACUUGUGCAUCUUGGAGAGACAAAUGUGUAUGUAUAGCAUUUCAGUAACUAGCUAAAAUGAGUCUGGAAUCACCUCUCGAAUUAGUUUCAGCAAUCAGAUCUCAGUCAGUUUUAAAUGCUUUUCUGGAUCCAUUUCCUUUUUUCGCUUCUAUGACAUUGAAUAGCUAACCAACCUUCCCACAAUGCAUAAAUUAAAAGUACAAAUGGUGUCUUAAAUGAUGCAAGUUUGAACCAAGCAUCAUAUUUUCAGCUCCAACUGUUUAAAGCUGAAAGUAAUUUUGGUUUAUAACAAUUGGUGACACCCCGAGCUCAAACAAAUCAUGCUGUUCCUCACCACAACAAGCAGACUGAUGUUUUUGAGGCUGGCUUUGUGGAGCUUCUCAGCCCUUCCCCUCCAUAGAUCCUGGUUUAUUCUCACAUGUUGACAUGUUGGACAAGGGUGGAGAUUGUCUGUAAUGUCUUUUGGUUUUAUGGUUGUUUUUGGUUCCCCUCUCCCCUCCCCCAUGCCAAAUGUAGAGUUUGUUAAGACAUGCAAGUAGCAAGAUGUCUAUGCAAUUUCCCUCCAAAUCCCUCCGACAGACAUGCUCACUGUAACAACUGUGAGCCGGUCUUGCUUAUGAAAUCAGAUUUGGCCCUUGCUUGAAUUCCAGAGGUUCUUUGCAUGACCCAGAGACCCUUGCUACUUUGUGUGGGUGCGGGCCAGGACUGUUGGGGUUAGCUGGCCUUUAGCCCAGCCUGCUUGGCUGGUCCUUAGGCUCAGUAAAUCUUCACAGUCGUCUGGGACCCAGAGAAGUAGGAGGGGUUCCGGGGAUGUUGUGGAGAACAAGGAUUCUACGAGACGUGCUGUUUUUUUGUAAACUGCUCAGAAAGUGGUGUGUGUAUGUAUAUGUGUGUUUGGAAUUUUGCUUGUGUGCGUCUAAUGCGAUGCUCUCAUUGUUUGGUGCGUUAAGGUCUCAGAGCCUCAAAUUACAAAAUUUAAACCAGGCCCUAAAUUCAGUCUUUCUUGAAUAUGUAGCUUUAAUCUUUGCAUAUCGCGACCAAGUUGCUGAAAUGUAUGCAUUCAAAGUAGUCGACGUUCAUAUGUGGAUUUUAUGUAGCAUAAGUAAGGUUAGUUAACCAUGUGCUUACCUCUGCUUUUGAAAUGUGAGGCAAGUGUUUGAUAGCAAAAAUCCAUUUUCCUUUAGCACUUACUUAGAAGCACUUUGAAUUGACCAAACCAACAGUAGGUAGAAGAUUCUUCAGAGGUAAUACUAUAAUCAUAAAUAUAUAUAUAUGUAUGUAUAUUUAAAUUGCACCCAAGCCAAAUGACUUUUGCACCAUUAAAUUUCUGUUCAAUCUGAAAGUAAAAACGGCAGAGGCCUUUGGGCAAAGCCAUGCAAUGAAAUGAUCAAUUAUAGCGUUUACAGUUAUUUUGAAUGAAGUGCAAUAAGUGGCUGAGUAAACAUUGUGAAUUUUAUUUGAUUUUUUUGUCUAAUCAGAUCUCUUUCUUACAUUUGUGUGAAAAUAAUGCACUGUCCCAUGAGAGCAUCGGCAAGACCCAGUACACACACAGACACACACACGUGCACGCACACACGCAAACACAGACCACUUUUUGUGAAUGGGUAAAGGAAGCUAUUGAAGGAUUCUCUCAGGUAAAAGAACAUUUUCUAAUAAAUGAUGAUGAACCUUGGAUGAAAAAA